AUCAGUCCAAAGAACCCUGAAACCCAAGCCAACCCGCAGCCCCCCAGCUCCAAACCCUAAAAAGAAUCUAGGGUUUUUCAAUUCUUUCCCUACCCUCUCAAGAUUCUUAUAAAGUGUACAUUGUUGACUUGAACUCUGAUCAUCCAUGCACAAAUCUUAAGCUGGUUCUUUUGAUUUUCUUGGAAAGAAUUGAACUUUUUUUAAGGUACUCAUUUCGCUAUUAUUGAAAGUGAAAACAAAGAUCAGGCUCAGGUUUGCUGAUUUUGCAUUGCUAUUAUUGUGUUUGCUUAAUCUGUUUAAGCAAAAAAACUAUUAUCUGGUUUCUUGAUUGACCGUACAUUGUUUUAUAAAUAUACAUUUUUUUGGUUGCCAUUGAUAUAUUAGUAAUUCGUGUCUUCAGCCCUGACUCAUUGAUUUUCUCUGGACUGUUGUUUAACAAUCUUUGUGUUAAUUAUUUAUGGUGUUCUGGUAUUUCAUAAGUAUAUCUAAUAAAAAUUGAAUCUUUAUUUUCUUUUAGAGAGGAGAAGAGUAGAAUUGGAUUCAGUUUAAAGAAUUGAUAUUAGAAAAAGGGAAGAUGAGUUAUUCUGAUCCACCACCUCCUCCCCCGCCCUUUAUGCCAAUGCCAUUUGCUGGCGGUGAUAUUGGAGAAGCUUGGCCACAAUCUCCAAUGAACCAUGAAUUUCCCGAGUCCUAUUCUCAGUUUGAUCAUGUACCUCCUUUCAAGAGACUGAGGAAUUCCGAUAACAAUUCACCGAAUUCUGCAAAUUAUACUCCUAUGAAUUCCAGAGUGAACCAGCUGAAUCUUAUUGGAAACAAAGGAACGAGCCAUAUAUUUUUCAAAACACGCAUGUGCGCCAAGUUCUUGGAAGGAACUUGCAGGAAUGGGGAACAUUGUACAUUUGCUCAUGGUGUUGAAGAUUUGCGUGAGCCCCCUCCGAAUUGGCAGGAACUAGUACGUGAAAAGGAUAGAGGGGUAGUAGGGAACUGGAAUGAUGAUCAGAAAAUAAUACAUAGGAUGAAAAUUUGCAAGAAGUUUUAUAACGGAGAGGAGUGUCCUUAUGGUGAUAAGUGUAAUUUUCUUCAUGAACGUCCUCCGAAAUUUAAGACUGACAUUCCAAGGCAAAGGGAAAGCUCUGCAAUAAGCAUCGGAACAACGGCUAACAGAAGUGAUCUUGAGCAGAAUGAGAUUAGUAAGCAUGGAAUUGCAGAUUCAGAUGCUGUUCGAAUUAAGCCUGUAUAUUGGAAGACAAAGAUGUGUAGUAAGUGGGAGACAACUGGUCAAUGCCCCUUCCGAGAUCGUUGCCACUUUGCUCAUGGUCAAUCAGAGUUACAGGCACCUAGUGGUCCGGACUUGUUGACGAAUCCUGUCCCCAUUAUGCCAAGGCCCUUCUCUGUUCCACUUGUUGAGUUAUCCUCUGCAAAUGCAGCGGUGAAUGCUUCGAUACAAGAAGAAAAAGAGGAUAAGAAAAUCUUAAAAUGGAAAUUGACCAAGAAGAUCUAUCGGAUAUAUGCAGAUUGGAUUGACGAUCUAGUCCCGCCCCACCUCUUAGCUAGUAAAGCCGAGAGCUGAUUUUCCUGGUUAAGGUUUAUUAUCUCCUUUCAACGAGGAUAAAAGAAUACGAGGGAGAUGGAAAUUUUGUUAGCGUGUUCUAUAGUUUUCAAUUUUUCAUAUUUUGUGUCAAAAAUUGGCUAGAAAUUUUGGAAUUGCAUAUUUGUUUGUUAUAGAAGAAUCCAAGUAAGGUAAUAUCUUGGGGAAUUCCCUAGUGAAAGAGAGUGGAAGCAUAUUAAUUUUAUAGUUUUUUUUUUCCUGAGCAUUUUGGUUUAGUUCAAGUCUUCUGAGAAGCGCCAGCAUAUGAAAAUGCUCAUUUUUGUUUGCCUUCA